UGAUACGCGAAGCGCGAUGUUCCCGGCUACAUCUUCGACGCCUAUUUUGUUUCCUAGAAACACUCUUGGAGCUCCGCUGAGUCCUUUUGCUCCAAAGUGUGAUCUAGAGCUAAGAAUAAAUUUUCCUCAUCCAGACGAAAGUGCGGUCAGUGUUAGUGCCUUAGGAUACCUGCCGGCUGAUUCGGUGUCCAAAACAUACUCCGUGGAAGAAAUUUGCCAAAAGACUGCUAUGCCCGGUGGAAGAACAAUCAAUAUUCGAAAAUCGAGCUCGACUGGACUGUUGACCCCGAACGAGGCGGAUAGUGUUAUGAAGAGUUGCAACUGGAUUCGAUCGAUCAAACUGGCUAGUGAUAUAAGAAGUUACAACGCCCUGCUGGAGUUGACCUCAAACCAGCUGGUUAGGUUGCGUUUGACUAGGGACGUUAGUGCAGACGAAGAGCUUACAAUGUGGUUUUCCGAGGAUAUCAGUGCCCACAUGCAGAUUCCAUUUCUAACACCUGGGAAUAUUCAAAGGCAAAAUUGUUACGUGUGCCAUAUCUGCCGGAAGUCGUACGAAUACCCAAACCCGCUAAAAAUUCAUAUCGCUACCGGUUGUAGUCAGCAGCCUGUUGGUAUGCUCUGGCAGCGGCUCCUCCAUAGCAUAUCACGCUUCAGCAGCCUCAACUUGGAUUGCGAGUUUCAGCCGUGGCGAAGUUCCGCCUUCCGGCCCGUUCUAACUUCCACCGCUAUCAAAGUGGAGCUUUCGCCACCACUUCCGAUGCCUCCACUUAAUAAAUCCCCACCAACUCCACAAUCACACCACCAUCAUCUGCAUCAUCGUCAUCACCAGCACAAUCCGUUGGCCGACGAAUCAACGAUGGUUACGGCCGCCCACCUGGAAACGAUCGUCAGCAAUAUGGGUUCUUCGAAGCAGGGCCACAUCUGCAUCUACUGCGGAAAGCUAUACUCACGAAAGUACGGACUGAAAAUCCACAUCCGAACGCACACCGGUUUCAAACCGCUCAAGUGUCAAUACUGCUUCCGGCCCUUCGGAGAUCCGAGCAAUCUGAACAAACACAUUCGUCUCCACCGGCAGCACGACAGCUCCCUGUACGAGUGUAACCUGUGUGGGAAGAAAUUGGCCCGUAGGAGGGAUCUACAGAGGCACCUCCAGUCUCGACACAACAGCAAUCAGGUGAUAGAAAGUUCCACCUCCGAGGAGGAUGAAGAGGAAGUAGUGUAA